GAACUCUUUUCAACUCCCACUACGAAUCACAUCCACACCAAAUAUUAAGCAUGUCGAAAUCGAACGAAGAUAUCAUCCGCGAACAAGCUUCCUCACUCCGGGAAAAAUCUGACUACAAAUCUCAUGUCAGGUUUCAGCCCACCUCGACAGCAACCUCCGAGGAGAGUGGUGUCAACGAGUCUGGCGUCACAGGUUUUCCUGGAGCUGACGUUCGCGUUGGUCGCAUGGGGCAGACAGGCGGGGGGACGAACCCGCAAAUUAUCCCUCCAGAAGAGGGAGGCGAAGGGAAAGAGGGCACUAUGUCGGAUAUGUAUGAGAGUACCAUAGGAAACAAGGCUGACAUACGGGCGCACGUCCGUGAGACUAACCCCUCGGUCAACCUCAGUGGAGACAACGUGAGGACCGAGGUGAGCGGGACUGGCGCAGCGUCAGGCCGACGGCCAAGGCAGGAACUCACUGAGGAUCAAAUGGAGGGCGCUAGAUCUCGAUAUGUUUAGGUCAACCCGCAUAUGCAAAGCAACAUAUUUUAUACGUACGAUCAGAAAGAAUGAAGCCGACAUCCAGAUAAUAAAGAUCCAACUUCGUAACGAAUGCACCUAAGUUGGUGACGACCAUUUACAGUGAUAAACAUGUUUACGAACCUGUGACUGGCAAACUACAUUUCUGACGCUGUAUUAGAAGACAUGUUAGAAGACCUGGCGUAAAGGAAUGAAGAUAUUAAUGACUGCCUUAACAUUUGCAAAUAUCAGGCUGUCCUAACAAUUUCAUUGUGCACCAUCCCUCCCUACCGAUAGUUUUCGCUGUGCUAUUCGGGUACCGAUACCUGCACUACUAUUAGUAUUAGACAUAUUUGUAUUACCGCAUUCAUCUGAUUCACGGU